ACUCGGUUUUUCUACAAAUGAUGACGAUAUUUUUUACGUGGGUCUUUUUUGCUGCUCAGGCCUUGGUCUCCAGCAGUCUUGUUGCGGGAACGGGAAUAGCUCAGAGUCAGACGCCUGCGCCCUCUGUGUUUGGACGAGGAAGCGCAACCGCAACAACGUCGUUCGGCUCGAAAACCUCGAGGGGAGAAAUGCAACCAGCACCGCGACCGAUCGCUUGCCAUAAGUUCGCCUCUCGCGCUGCACUAUCGAAGGCCAAGACGAGCAUACUUUCGAAGGUUCGACAGCGCGUGGCAAACCUGGAACAGCACAACGGCCUCCACCCGCGGAUUCUAGCACCAGUAUUAUGCGGAAGUUUGUUGGCGUGCCAGGCUGCGGCCAACGGCAAGCUCACAGUGAUAAGCGGCAACCCAUUCUUUGCGGGCCUGUGCAGUUCUGUCGUUGGCUGUGGCAUGAUGCUCACGAUGGGCAGCGUCGGAGCCGGAUGCCGAAGAUUAGCAGCAGCGUGUCCAUCUUACUCGAGUUCCGCGUCCGACACAGAACAUCAGACUCAGGAUUUCUCUGCGCCAGAAGGUCGGGGAUAUGAUGCUGACCAUGAUAUGGAGUCGAGUAGAGAUGAAGUUGAGGAUUCUGGUUCCACGGUUGUCGGGGCAGACGCGCAGAGGAGUGAGUAUGUGCCUUCGCCGAUGGCGUCGCAAGGCGAUCUUGCUGCGAGCAGUAGACCACCAGCUUACACGGGCCUGUUCGGGGCGGCCGCGUUGCGCAAGGGCGAUGACUGGCGGAACGGAUUGUGCGACCUCAGAGACGAACCAGUGCCCGGCACGAAGGGACACCUCGUUUGUUGUCCCGCAGAACUCGUCGUUCCGAAGGAAACCGACCUGUCCAGUGGAUUUGUGAUGGGGCUCAAUCCUAUCGAAGCAACGCUAGCUGCCGAAAGAGCUGCGAGCGAGGCAGCGGAGGAACGAGGAGAAAAGUAUUUACGGGCCUCCAACGUCGACAUCGAUGUGUAUCGCGAGAGUCCAUCUCCAAAGUUUUCGGAGGACGAAGAGAGGGGCAUCACGAGCGCGAGGCCGCAGCCUCCUGCUUUCAAUACACGGCGAAACCCUUGGUGGGAUGACUCUGACGACGACUGCGAAGAUGGGAACAACCAUAAUAGAAAGCCUGCUGAUAAUCUCCAGACGACUUCGAAGACGUCAAGCGCAGAGCUCUUCGCACUGGGAGAUAGCCCAGAGGUGAAGAACCGUCAACGAGACAUUUCUGCACAGCAGCGGGGUCUACACCAGUCAUUAGAUCAACAUGAGCAGCAAGACGGAACUCCGUCGAGACGGCGCGCGAUCAGGAGCGCGUCAAUGCUGCAGAGAAAGCAGAACUUGUCGCCUCUCGCACGGGGAAGCGGGGAUUCUAGCACUUCGGGUGGAGUUGCCAGUCCUGUCGCUGGUCUGAACCCAUUUUGCGAUAGUACAGAGGACGACGCGGGCGGAAUGGAUAUCGUGCGCGAAUUUGUGCAUCGCGAACUAAAACGCACCGCGGAGGCGGACAAGAAGGCUGCGCUUACAGCCGCAACAGCCUAUCGUAGCAAAGGAGCCUUGGCGGAACAAGGCCCUCGGCAAUCUGAUGGAAACAAAGGUGUAGCAGGGGCCUCUGAAGUUUCACUACCAUCGUUUGCUUCAACGCCAGAUCUUCCAUCAACCAACUCAUCAUUUCAUAGCAAAGACGGGACGCCAAGCAAGCGAAGAGCAGAUACGAAACCCACGAAAUUGCUGUCUCUUUUCAGACGCUUAGCCGUUUCGUGCGUGCCUCCGCAACGUUGGACACAGAAGAAGUCCUUGUCCACCACGCCUCCGAAGAGGUAUCUGCAGAAGAGGGACAGAGGCUUGCGAAAAGACAGCAAAGCGCGUGGCGUUGUAGGUAAAUGCAACAAGCAUCGUUUGUGGUUGCUCCAGAAUAUCAUCGCCAAACUUCUAUUAGGCGGACCAGUGGCGGGAAGCGCGGUCACGCUUGCAGCAUUCGCGGUACCACACACGGGUGUGCUGUCGUACACGAUGAGCUGGAUCGUUAAGGCUUAGGCUAUUUUUCUCGAAUACUAGGAAGAUUGUUGUAUCAGGCGCAAGUCUAAGCUCUUGUGAGAAGCUGUCAGGGGCUGGACUUGAUUCCUUCUAAGAUUCUCGGGCAGAUGUUUAUGUCGAUCGUAGUGGACCACCUGGGCUGGAUGGGCAUCAGGCGGAAAAUCAAUUGCAAAAAGCUCAUGGCCAGUAUGCUGGCGCCACUGGGCCUAUUGACUGCGUCCGGCCUAUCGACGUCCGCUCUAGUGGAGGUGGCGAAGCGCAAAGCACCUUACCUUGGAUGCGCGAUGUUCUCCGGUGGGCUCCUCCCCGUAGCGCGUGUCUCUCUCGUGCAGUUGAACAAUCUCUUGUUAUGGUCAGCUUUUCUCCAUCUUUCUCGGAAUCUUGAUCCCCUUUCGCCUUGUAUUCUCAUGAAAUAGAAGGGAGAGGGGUCGAGGAGAAAAGGGGGCCGAUGUGGAUUAGCGCUGAGUCUAAUUCUGCCAGACCGGAUGCUUACCACGGGCUCUCUUGCCUAUGUCACAGCGAGUGGGGCGCAGCUCGCGUUCAUGCUGCUCUUUUCAGAGCCCCUGGGACUGGAAUCUGUUACGGCGAAGAAAUUUCUAGGUCUCCUCAAUACGGUACCACUCGUGAACUGGCUUGGCGGCUUGGCUGGUGCUGUUCAAUUUUACUCUAUCCUGCUAUUUCAAAAGAAAAUCGGCGCGCUACGCUACUUCUUACUAGUGCUUCUUGGCCAGCUCGCGACCUCAAUUCCUUUGGACCACUUCGGACUUUUGGGCUUCGAAAAACGCGAGGUAACGGCGUGGCCUAUUGCCGGCGUUUUUCUCGUGUUGUUGUCUGCAGUUUUCAAUCAGCUGUUGUAAUACAGUCCCUUUAUCAUUCCCGCUUUUCUUUUGAAGAGAGCGGUUGUGGAGUUCGUUGUUGAAGCGACUGGGUAGGUUUUUCGAAAAUCCAAAUAUUAAAUUUCCUAGAUGUUUAAGUCGGGCUUGGGGUCGCACAUAUCUUUGCAUGAUAUUCGCAAUGUCGUCCUUACGACAAAUCGAUGCAUAAAAUCUACGACAUGAGAAAACACAAAGAGAAUAUAGAAGUACUGAACAACAUUACUCUGAUUUUUGCCGUUUUGAAUUUGCAGCUAUGCAUGUAAUUUUUCAGCAGGGUGGCAUUGCCACGACAUACAGAAGAACUGCAUUGUUGCAGUGUCAAGAAGACUUGGUUCCGAUCACAAGGCGAACAACAAGACUGCCCGUUGAAUCAUUCCAAUGUUGAUGGGACACUCUAU